AUGGCCGCCGGGAGACCAGAGAAGAAGGAGAAGAAGGAGAAGAAGCGCAGCGAUGAUGCUGGCGUGAGCAAGGUCAAGAAGGACAAGAAGGAUAAGAAGGACAAGAAGGACAAGUUGGCGGCUGCACUCGAGGACCAGCUGCAAGAGGAUGCCGCCGCGGACAGCGGCGUCAAGGCGGUUCUAGACGACGUCGACUCGGAUAUGGAGGAGGCUUCCAAGGAGGAGCUGCCUCUGGAACGCACCGUCGUCUCCUUCGCGGUCCCCGUGGCGGACGAGAAGGGCAUGAAGAAGGUGUACAAGACGAUUCGGAAAGGUGGGCCCCCCUCAGUCCAUUCGAGUCUCUGCCGUGCGGAGCAGCAGAACAUGCGUAUGCUAACGACAUUUCCAGCGGCCAAGAACGGCACUCUCAAGCGCGGCGUGAAGGAGGUGGUUAAAACGCUUCGCAAGAUCAAGGAUGCCGCUCCUGGCACUUUCCCGGGCGUCGUCGUCAUCGCCGGUGACAUCUCGCCGCACGACGUCAUCUCGCACAUCCCCGUGCUGUGCGAGGACUUCCAUGUACCAUUCAUUUUUGUCACAUCGCGGGCAGAACUGGGCGCAUCAGCGAAGACGAAGCGCCCGACCAGCGUCGUCAUGAUCAUGGAGAAGCAGGAGGGCAAGAAGAAGGCGGCGGCGAAGGCGUCUGACAAGGACGGCGAGGAUGAGGGCGACUUUGCCGAGAGCUACACCUCACUCGUCAAGUACAUGCAGAAGGAGUACACAAAGCAGGCGUUCUGGGCCAAGGGCGAGUCGACGGCAUGA